CUCAAAGUCAGAGAAGAAGUGAGAACAGGCCCGUCGAGUUAGCUUUAGCCCAUUGAAUCACUCACUACUGUGGUUUAUGACAACGUAAACUAAGACAUUACGGAGCUGCCGGGCCAACGCGUUAAGGAACCGACACGUUACAAUCUGUCAUUGUCUGCGAAUAUUACGUGUGUGGUGUGGCUCCUCGUCCCUAAAUCAACAUGAGUGAUCCUUGGCAAGAGUGCAUGGAUUACUGCGUGGAAGUCACCAAAAAGGCUGGGCAGAUGAUCCGUGAGGCGCUCCAGGAGGACAUCGCCGUCAUGCAGAAGAGCUCGCCAGUUGACCUGGUGACCGAGACGGACCAGAAAGUGGAACAGCUCAUUAUUUCCUCCAUCAAGGAGAAGUACCCCGCUCACAGCUUCAUAGGCGAGGAGUCGGUAGCGGCAGGUGCUCCCAGUGUUCUGACGGACAGUCCCACCUGGAUCAUCGACCCUAUUGAUGGUACCACCAACUUUGUUCACAGGUACCCCUUUGUGUCCGUAUCCAUUGGCUUCACGGUGAAGAAAGAGAUAGAGUUUGGGAUUGUCUACAGCUGCAUCGAGGACAAAAUGUACACGGCCCGCAAAGGGAAGGGAGCGUUCUGCAAUGGAGACCCGAUCAAAGUGUCUGGACAGGAAGAUAUUAGCCGAUCUCUGGUGCUGACUGAAAUAAACUUCCAUAAGGAUCCGGGGCAUUUCAAAACCAUGUUGGCCAACGUGAAGAACAUCCUCACCAUCCCCGUGCACGGGAUCCGCUCCCCGGGCAGCGCAGCUGUCAACAUGUGUCUGGUGGCGUGCGGGUCGGCCGACGCUUACUACCACAUGGGCAUCCACUGCUGGGACAUGGCGGGGGGGGCGGCGCUGGUGACCGAGGCGGGAGGAGUCAUCAUGGACAUUUCAGGUGGACCGUUUGAUCUGAUGUCUCGGAGGCUGAUCGUCGCCAGCAGCAGAGCCAUCGCCCGACGCGUCGCCAAUGAGAUAACGGAGUUCCCCGUCGGAAGAGACGACACAGAUGGCUAGUACACUGCCAUCGUCCUCUUCUACCGGCGGAACUGUUUUUAUCCCCUCCUCGACCGCUUUGUGUUUACGAAGUCACGGUUUCCGAGCGAUAAACUUUCCUCUGGAAGAGAAGUUUGUUCUUCAGGCAUUCGGUCUUUCUGAUUUCUUUGUGUUUCUACAUUUCAGCCUCUCAGAUCUAGACUUGUUAUUCUGUCGUAAUGACAUGGUGUGUGUGUGUGCGUGUGUAAUUAGGCCUGUGUUAACUAAUACACACUUAUUUUUAGAUUUUCUUUUUAAUUAUCUAUAAUUAUUUAUGGGAACAAUGCAGUCGGAACUGCUAACGUAACGCCAUGCAGCGCUAUUGUAGUAUGAAUGUGUUCACGGUUUGGACCAAUACGAUAUUAUAUUAUUGCUUUUCCAUGUAGGAUUUCAGAAUAGUUUAUUAUAUUUGGUAAAAAUGUCUUUAAAGUUACAUUUGUGGCCCAUUUGAGCUCUGAACCUCCGCUUUCUGAUCAAUAGGGUUAUGAAUAAUGUGAACACUCAAUGUUGCCUUUGCUAAGUUGAAUUUCAUAAAGUUGGUUUUAUGUAUA